AUGAGUGACGACAGAUACAGGGCACUGAGGUUCCUCUUCAAGGUUGAUUACAUAGAGCCAGACUACGGGAGUCUAAAAUUUGAUGGUGACGGGCUUUGGUUUCCCAAGGACAGAGGGGCUUUCGAAACACUUUAUUCCACCGGAUGGCUACAACGAACUCCAGAGCGGGUAGCUCCUGCAGUGGAUCAUGGAGAAGGCGAUUUUGCCGUCUGUAGCCUUCUCUAUAGAUCAUCAACAUCAUACUUCUUUACAGUUCCAGUGGACUGCCGCGACAAAAUCAGCAUGCAAAACCAUAUUCAACGAACACAUCAUUCCUGGAGGAGGUUACGUUUCAAAACGGAUGAGAGGCAGAACCUGUCAAUUGCUACCUUUGCGGCGUCUGGCUACACGCUUGCAGGACGAGGAUCCCGCGACUGGGUUCCAGAAAUUCUACCGGACACCUACAACGACAGUUACUGCAGCCAGAUUCCCUUUACGCAUCUAACGGGCGACCUUGCCUUGAUCGUAGGCCUCGUUGCUUUCUCCUGCCCUAGGGAAAGAGAUGGUUCAUGCCUUAUUGAUAUGAUGCAACGCUGCUUUAGACCACCUCGCUGGGUACCUCACCGAUCAGUUCCUGAGAGGAUCGACCGUCACGGAGUGGUUGUUACGAUAAGAGCUGAUCCGGAAGCUGGGGACAUGCAUGAAUCAAAUAGAGAACUCCAGAGAUUCCAAGACGGCAGCUAUGGUGCUCUAUUUAAAUCCCCUGACGGCCAUAGAUUCUGA